AUGUUGCUCAUUAGUUGUUGUUUCUUUUGUCUUUCUAAAGCCAUAGACUGUGGUGGGAAGAAUAUUUCACAAACUAUCAUUGUUGGCCAUAGAGCAGCAGAUUUUAAAACAAUUCAGGAGGCCAUUGAUUCUGUAGACACAGACAAUGAUAAAUGGGUCAAGAUUCAUAUACAAGCCGGCUUAUACGUGGAAAUGGUUACUAUUCCCAUAGAAAAGGCGUGCAUAAUUUUAGAAGGCGAGGGUAGCGAGAAAACAUACAUGAGUUAUGGGGAUCACGGAUCAAUAAACUACAACGCUACGUUCACUUCUUUUGCAUCCUAUGUGAUUGCAACUGGCAUUACUUUCAAGGGUGAAGUCGACUUUAUAUAUGGUGCUGCACAAUCUUUUUAUGAGAACUGUUGGAUAAAUGCUUUGGGGAGAUAUCCAAAUUUACCAGGCUUUGUGACAGCUCAAGGACGAGACUCAGCAGAUGACCCAGGUGGUUUUGUGUUUGAAGGGGGUUCCAUUACAGGGAACGGUAAAGUGAAUUUAGGAAGAGCAUGGAGACCAUACUCCAGAGUCAUUUUUCAUAAAACCUAUUUUUCCUCCAUUAUAACUCCUCAAGGAUGGGAUGCUUGGAAUGCUGCUGGCAAUGAGAGUAGGACCACUUAUGCUGAAGUUGACUGUAAAGGACCAGGAGCUGAUACUUCCAAGCGUGUUCCGUGGAUGAAGAGUUUAAAUGCUUCGGAGCUGGAUCACUUUUCUUUCGCAUCUUUUAUCAAUAAAGAUGGAUGGAUUGAUAACUUACCAUCAAUAUCCUAG